AUGCAGGUAGAAGAGGGAGAGGAGCAGAUACAGGAAGAGCGAGGUGAACUUGCGCAAGAGCGAGUGGUAUCAGUAAGAGGACAUGGGUUGCCAGCUGAUGUACAAGAAGAUGGCGGUGGAGAAAAGAAAAGGAAUUUGAUGGACUGGGUUCAAUACCUCUUCCAACAGGCAGUAAGCAAUGAGAAGCGUCAUCAUCAGGAUGGUAAAAAUGAAGCUAGGAGAGCUAUUGAUUACGAGACAAAAAGAAGGAGCAAUUUCCUCCACCGUUACUACGAUAUGCUGGUGAACUUGAAGAAUUUUGAUGGUGCUGAGGGAAAAAAAUUUCUGAAUGCCCUAAUGAAUCCCCAUUUCAAGUACUUCAGACCAAUUUUUAAGGAAUGGAGGAAUGGGAAACGCGUGCUGAAGGCUCGAUGUGAGCCAUGCUACGAGUACUAUGCGAGCAGAGACGCCCAAUCCUCUUCUUAUGGAAUUUCCCAGAAGGGUGGAACUGAUUUUACACUGAAGAUACAGUGUUAA